AUCCAUCUUCCUCAUCCAUGUUCACAAAGCCACCAAAACCCCGUACAUCGACCUCGAGCCCAGCGCCAGACGCAGCCCAUGCUUUGCGAUGGCUCAGUUGGUCUCCGACUUCAUCAUCACGCCCGUUCUCAGACAAGCUCGCCGUUUCUCGACCGGGUUCGCCGCCGAUGAUCCCCCUGCCAUUGACGGCCCCGCGAUACGACGCCGCAGAGCACAGUCGACCGGAUACGCCGGUUCUUCCGGGACCGCGAUACGGGAGGCUGACGAGCACGGGAGGAGGCUUCCAACGGGAGAAGCCGGGGUUGGUUUGCUUGACGACGCCGCCGUAACACCCCACCCCAGUCGACAAGACCAAGGCCAUGCCGCCGCCGCUGCCGCCGUUUUUCAGAGUUCAGGAAGCGUAGGAACCAGCGAUGAGAGUUCCGGGGCUGUGCAAGGAGUUUCUGAGUCCGCUGCUGGAUCAAGCCAGCAACCCGACGGCACCGACACUGCCCAGGCAACCACCCAAACUACAUGGUCAUCACUCCCAGAGGGCAGUCGAGCCACUCCGCUGCCCGAGGAUGACGGCAUGGGGGAGCUCCGACGCAGGAUCCAGGCCAUCCAGCUGCUCGAUGUUCCCCAGAAUGUCAAGGCCCAGAUGAUGCAUGGCCUGUUCACGGAAAAGUACACCAAGCGACAGCUGUCGCCCAAAGUCCCCCAUGCUACGAUGCGACCCGUGUCCCGGGCGAGCACGAGCACGCUAGACAACCGAGAAUCAGUGGAACACGGCGGGCCGCUGCAAGUUCUGAAGAAAUGGAAUCCUCUUGGGGACGGGUCCGGCCCACUCAACCUGCCGUUAACUGAGGAGGACCUCACCCCUACCUACGCGCCGGUCAGGCAGCCCGACGACAGUGCCGAGUGGUGGUCAGCGGCCGAGGAGCCCGGGGAAGAGGAGAAGCGCCUCGGCUGCGAACACUAUCGCCGCAACGUCAAGAUGCAGUGCGCCACGUGCGAACGGUGGUACACCUGCCGCCACUGCCACGACGCCGUCGAGGAUCACGCCCUUCCGCGUCAACAAACCAAGCACAUGCUGUGCAUGCUCUGUGGGUGCGCGCAAAAGGUCUCCGAUACGUGCACAAAGUGCGGCCGGCCGGCGGCCUACUACUACUGCGGAAUUUGCAAGCUAUGGAACGACGAUGCCAGCAAGCCCAUCUACCACUGCCCCGACUGCGGGCUGUGCCGGGUCGGCCAGGGGCUGGGCAAGGACUUCUUCCACUGCAAGAAAUGCAUGGCCUGCAUCUCCAUGUCCGAGACCAACCACAAGUGCAUCGAACGGGCCGUCGACUCGAAUUGCCCCAUCUGCAACGAGUACCUCUUCGACUCGCCCAAGUCGGUCACCUUCAUGCAGUGCGGUCACAGCAUCCACCUGCUCUGCCUCGAGGAGCUCAAGAAGACGUCGUACCGGUGCCCGCUGUGCAACAAGUCGUGCGUCAACAUGGAGUAUCGCUUCCGCCAGCUCGACAUGCAUAUUCUCCAGCAGCCCAUGCCGCCCGAGUACGCCGACGCCCGCGCUGUCAUCUCGUGCAAUGACUGCUCCGCCAAGAGCCAGACCGCCUACCACUGGAUCGGCCUCAAGUGUGCCGUGUGCAGCUCGUACAACACCACCCAGCUGCAGCUUCUCAACAUGCCGGGCGGCGAUCACCGGCAUCAGUCUCCCGAACAGCAGCAGCAGCAGCAGCAACAGCAGCAGCAACAGCAACAGCAACAGCAACAGCAACAACAACAACAACCUGUCGCGCUCGACCCGGCAGUUCUGGCAGAGGAGAUCCGCCGACGCAACAGAGCCGCCCGCCGGGCGCAAAAGCGACAGCGCGGGCAAGCAGGGAACAAGAACAACAACAGCGGCGGCGGCGGCGGCGGCGGUAGCACUACCAACAACGGUAUCCCUGGUUUUUCCCUCCUCUCAACGUCGCCUACCUCGUACUCGCGUGCCUUUUUGACCAGGCUGCUGAACCGCGGCGGCGGGACAUCUUCGGAGGCAGAACAGGCAUCGGCGGGUGACGAAAAGACUGCGUCGAACCUUUUACCCGCUGCUGCUGCGGUUGUUCCUGCAUCUGGAUCCAUAUGCAACUCGGGAGGUGAAGACAGAAAAGCACAAGAAGAUGUUGACGAUGUAGAUGACGAGGAUGGGGACGACGAUGAUGACGACGACGACGAGGAGGAUGCGGAGAUGGAUAUGCUCGACCUGUUUGGCCUGCACAGUCGGGACUUUGAUCGGAUGACGGGGCUCACGUCGUCGGCAGCGAGCGCCAUCGGGCUUGACGAUGAUGAUGACGAAGAGGAGGAGACUUCGGAAGAUGAGGACGAGGAGGGCCUGGAAGAAGAAGGGGAGGACGACGAUGAAGACGACGAAGACGACGACGAGGAUGAUAUCCUGCUUCUCGGGCACAGAUAGGACUGGAUCGCUUCUUGGUUCGAGUCGGAGAGCUGAUUUAUGUAUGGCCUCUUCGUCUCGGGGGAGGGUGGCCAGGGGACCGGCUCGGUACGUU